AUGGCUUGUGACACUUCAAAGCAGGCUUUGGACAAACUCAAGGAAGAGUUUAAAGGGUCAAACAAGACCAGGCAACAGCAGUUGAUAAAUUUGAGAAGGGACUUCGAGAAUCUAAAGAUGAAGGAGUCUAAAACCAUCAAGCAGUAUGCUGACAGGAUUAUAGCCACAGUCAACAACGUAAGACUACUUGGAGAUGAGUUUAGUGACAAGAGGAUAGUUGAAAAAGUCAUUACCACUCUACCAAAGAAGUAUGAGUCAAAAUUUUCUUCUUUGGAAGACUCGAGGAACCUAUCAGCUAUACGCUUGACAAAGUUGAUAAAUGCUCUCUAUGCACAAGAGCAAACAAAAUGGAAAAGCAUUCUGAGGGAGCCUUUCAGGCCAGGAGCAGAAAGAGCUCAAGCUCGAGCUCAAGUUACAAAGGAGGAGCAAGUCUUUACUGCCCCCUACUUUGCAAGCUCAAGCAAAGUCAGGAAGAAUUGGCUGAUUAACAGUGGCUGCACUCAUUACAUGGCUUUAGACAAAGGCAUGUUCAGGGAGCUAGACACCAGCUUUGUGUCCAAAGUCAGAAUUGGGAAUGGUGACUUCAUAGAGGCCAAAGGCAAGGGCAAGGCUAUGAUUUGCACUCAGUCAAGUAAUAAAACUGUCUCAGAAGUUCCUUUUGUACCUAAUAUUAACCAGAAUCUACUUAGUGUUGGUCAGUUGUAA